GCGGCUCCACCUGUCCCGGCGAGCCUCCUGCCGUUGUGGUUGUCUGCGGUCCAAUCCGGAAGGCUGGCUCAAAGAUGUCGGAGACGGGUGUCGGUCCUCUGGCGCUGGAGCCGUUUCGUGUAGGCCAGUGUCCGCCCACUGCCUGUUACAUCCCGGAUUUCAUCACCGAGGCAGAGGAAGCGUACCUUUUGCAACAGGUUUAUGGAGCCCCCAAGCCAAAGUGGACUCAGCUUUCUGGCAGGAGGCUACAGAACUGGGGGGGGCUGCCCCACCCGAAGGGGAUGGUGCCGGAGAAACUGCCCACGUGGCUUCAGGCUUAUACCGACAAAGUGUCCUCCCUUGGCGUCUUUGGAGGGAAGUCGGCGAAUCACGUCCUGGUGAACGAGUACCGCCCUGGGGAGGGAAUCAUGCCUCACGAGGACGGCCCGCUGUACUUCCCCACGGUCACCACCAUCAACUUAGGGUCUCACGUCCUUCUGGAUUUCUACCAUCCUGUCGGCAGAGGGCAGCAGACGGAAGGCGAACAGGGACCCGCUCCCCAGUCCGAGGAGGACCGUCACCUCCUCUCCUUGCUCCUGAAAUCCCGCAGCCUUCUGGUCUUGCGGGAAGACAUGUACCUACGUUACCUGCACGGGAUCCGCUUCGUCACCGAGGACACCGUCACGGAGAAAGUGGCCAACUUGGAUGCGUGCGGCUCCGAGCUCGGGGACACGUUGCGCCGGGGGACGCGGGUGUCGCUCACCAUCCGCCACGUCCCCAAGGUGCUGAAAACGUCCAUUGUCCUGGGCAGGAGGAAAUGACUGUCCAGGAGGCCGCGGGAGAGGCUCACGUGACGGGGAGCUCCUCUGCGGGCAAGAAUCGCCCGCAAGUAGAAAGCAAGCCUGUCAAGGUGAAGGUCCCGUCCCUAAAAUGCUAAUUUUCUAUGUUCAGGGGAUUUGGGGGGAUGCGUGGACGGGGCCUCCACGGCGUGAGCCCCCUUGCCUGCUGCCUGAAAUCACA